UCCAAAAAAUUCCACGCGUCUGCUGAUGAAAACUUCAAAUCAAAACAACAACAUUCCAUUUAAGCCCUUUUACUCGGUUCAAACACUUCAAAAAGAUCUCUCCACUUUCUCAGAUGUUUCCUCCAUGAUUUUCCCGGAAAUUUAUAUAAGAAAAUCUCCUAGCCUGACUUGUACCAGAUUGACUUUAUCUAAAUUAAAUCUCCUCCCUCUCUUGAAAUCCAGGGAGUAGUUGAAGCUGGCAACCCAGUUUGACCAGUCUCUCCUUAUAAUCUCCUUCAAUUCUUCAAAGAUAUUAUAUCAGAGUAAAAAGAAAAUAGAGGAAGGAAACUAGUAAUCUGUUAAAAACGAGGGAAAGAAAAGAUGAAUGAUUUGUUUUCUGGGUCUUUCUCUCGCUUCCGCAGUGAGGAAGCCUCCCCCGAUCACCAUGUAAUCCAGAUGUCAGAGAUGCCGCAUACCGGCGGCGUCAAUCUUGAUAAGUUUUUUGGUGAUGUUGAAUCUGUUAAAGAUGAGCUGAAGGACUUGGAAAGGCUCAAUGAGAGCCUCCAAUCGGCUCAUGAGCAGAGCAAGACUCUACACAACGCUAAGGCCGUCAAGGAUUUGCGGUCGAAGAUGGAUGCCGAUGUCGCUCAAGCGUUGAAGAAAGCUAAGCUCAUUAAGGUUCGUUUGGAGGCUCUGGACCGUUCCAACGCCGCUAAUCGGAGUCUGCCAGGGUGUGGACCUGGGUCUUCGUCGGAUCGGACCAGGACUUCUGUAGUCAACGGGCUGAGGAAGAAGCUGAAGGAUUCGAUGGACAGUUUUAAUAGCCUCAGAGAGAAGAUAUCUGGAGAGUACAGAGAGACUGUACAGAGGAGGUAUUUUACUGUAACCGGCGAGAAUCCCGAUGAGAGGACCCUGGAUCGCCUGAUCUCCACAGGUGAGAGCGAGACUUUUCUUCAGAAGGCAAUCCAAGAACAGGGCAGGGGAAGGAUUUUGGAUACAAUAAAUGAGAUACAAGAGCGGCACGACGCUGUGAAGGAUAUGGAGAAGAAUCUAAAAGAGCUGCACCAAGUUUUCUUGGACAUGGCAGUAUUGGUGCAAGCUCAAGGCGAGCAAUUGGAUGAUAUUGAGAGCAAUAUGCAGAGAGCAAGCUCCUUCGUCCGCGGCGGAACCCAGCAGUUGAAUACGGCGAGAGUUUAUCAGAAAAAUACCCGGAAAUGGACUUGCUAUGCUAUCAUUAUUUUGCUGGUCAUCAUCUUAUUUGUGGUGUUGUUCACUGUGAGACCAUGGGAAAACAACGGCGGCGGGGGCGGUGGUGGCAGCCAACCAGCCCCUGCACAGACUCCACCUUCACCACCCCCACCACCGCAGUAGGAUUUGAUGGGUUUUGUAGCUUAUACAUGCUGAUCAUAUGCAUGUAUGUUAUUAUUUUGUGGGAUAUUUGUUAGUUUGAAACUUGAUUAUUGGUUUUGUUGAUUGAUUGAUUUAUUAUUUUGAUUUUCCUU